CGGCGCGGAGCCUCAGAGCUCGGAAUCCGUGGGCCGGGGUCACCAAGCGGCGAGCCGAGAAGCCGAGAAGCCGGGAGCCACGAGCCCAGGAGCCGGGAGACACGAGCAGAGAAGCCGGGAGCCAGGAGCCCGAGUCUGGAGUCCAGAGGCGGGAGCUCAGAGCCUCGGGAGCCCCUUCAGCCAAGUGCCGAAGUGCUGCGUCUACCCCGGGGAGGCUCUCGUCGCCCGAGUCCCGACAGGUAAAGCGAUGCUGCUUUGAUGCAGUGGUCACUCGACGCCUGUGCUGUUCAGUGAUGCACUAGAGCAUCCGGGAAGAGCGACGCGUGGAACGUGAGCGUGGGGAGGAGGCCCUCGGCGCCCAUGAGUGUGGUGCUUCCCAGCCCCGAGGGCAAUGCCCCUGACGGCACCAGGGAGGCGGCCGCGGGCUCCACCAUUCUGGAUCAGCUGCUCCGCACAACAGAGCCUGCUUCACCUGGACACCUCGGCACCGCACUCCUCAAGCGCUGCGCCAGCAGUGGAAGCAACUCUUCACUGGUGCCAGGCGCAGUGUGCAGGAAGCGGCAUGGCUCCGAGGGCACCGAGCGCCAGGGAAGUGACUCGGGCCAGGAAAGAGGAUCGCCUGUGGGCAACCGGCCCCUGGAUGAGCACCUACAGGCCAAGCGCGCCCGCGUUGAGAGCAUCAUCCGUGGCAUGAGCCACUCUCCACUGGGCGUUGGCACCGCUUGCCGUGGGGAGAGGGAUGAUGAGGCGUGCAUCGCUGCAGGAGAGAGGCCCUGUCCCUCAGACAUGACAGAGGAGCCAGGGGGGCCUCCCCACCCUCCGAGGUCGAGUCCCCAGAGCCAAGGCCCUCACCUACCAACAUCACAGCAACAGCGGGAGAACAAGCGUAAGCAACGCCUACCCCAGCAACAGAGCCAGGGCUCUCGGGGGACACGCCGGUCCCGGCAGGGCAGCAGGCAGACAGGGGAGCAGUGUGCCGAGGAGAGGCGGCGCCUGAAGCAACAGCUGGAGGACCUACAGAGGCAGCUGCGCCAGCUGCAGGAGAAGUUCUUCCAGGUGUACAGCAGUAGCAGCAGCGACUCCGAGUUGGAGGACCACACUGGAGAGGACUCUGCAGAUGAAAGUGCGUCUAUGCGGGUAGGGAGGCACUCUCAGCUUCGCGCCCCCUUGCGCGAGGCUGCCGAUUAUUUCGACGAUGCUCGCCAUUGUUCCCGGACAGCAGUGAAUGAUUGCAGGUUUGAGGCAAAUGACAGGAUUCACACAAAGUGUCCCUCAAGAAACAGAGUGGAGAAUGGACAGAGGGUGCACAAUGACCUCCUAAAAGAGGAUGGAGAUGACUUUGCAGAGGCUCUUAAGAACGGGCUCCAUGGUGCUGUGUCUCAGGUGGUGGACUCGGUUGUGCGGAUGUUCUCAGCGAAACCACACAGUCCCCGACUAACCACGGCUCCCCUACAGCUGAAGACCUCACUGGUGGGGAGGCCCACAACGAACGGGGAAAGACACGAUGUCAAGACUAACAACCGCCUCUCACAGUGCCUAAGUGAUGUCCUGGGCAGAAGCUUGGACGAUAGGCCUUUUCACGUCACAGCCAAUGCAACAGAAGGUUAUGUAGACCAGACGGAGGCCCUUCCACUGGUUGUACGAAAGUCCUACUCUGAAGGGCGAUCCUCCAAGGGUGCACUGUUUGGUAAUCACCACUCUGCUGGCCUCCCGCUGCUCUGCUCUCCGGGGUUCCCCGGCUCUUCGCUGCACCACCUCAGGCUGCCCCUUCCUCUGCUCUCCUCGCUGCCCAAGCCCCUGUGUGAGCCAGGCGGCACAGCCACUAAGGAGGGCAUGGGGAGCACUCGUAAGGAGGAUGGGGGCCUGUCUCCAGUGCUUCUGGAUCUUGCCAAAGACUUGCCAGGGAGGGCACAGUUUCUAGGAGAGCCACCAGGUAACACUGGGCUGGUAGGAGGGCCUCCCAUCGCUGCCACAUCUCCAACCUUGACCAGCAGCUCUGGAGAUGGUCUCUCCACUUCACUGGUGAAGUCUGAGUGCGGGGACCUGCAGGACACCAGCGACGUCUCCCCCUAUGCCACCACCACCGACGGCCUCAUGGUCCAGCCCCUGCUGCAGGAGGGCCUCACUCCGCACCACCUCAAGAAGGCCAAACUCAUGUUCUUCUACUCGCGCUAUCCCAGCUCCAACAUGCUCAAGCUUUACUUCCCGGAUGUCAAGUUUAACAGGUGCACGACGUCGCAGCUCAUCAAGUGGUUUAGCAACUUCCGCGAGUUCUACUACAUCCAGAUGGAGAAGUUUGCACGCGCUGCGGUAACCGAGGGGCUUGACGGGGAGACGCUGGGCGUCACUCGCGACUCCGAGCUCUUCAAGGCGAUCAACGCUCACUACAACAAGUCCAACGAUUUCCAGGUGCCGGAGACCUUCCUGGAGGUGGCGGGGAUCACCCUGCGAGAGUUUUACGCAGCCGUCAAGGCCGGCAGAGACGCAGACCCAUCCUGGAAGAAAUUCAUCUACAAAAUAAUCUGCAAGCUGGACAGCCCUGUGCCCGAGGUCUUCCGCUCUCCAUGCUGCCUGCAGGAGCUGUUGCAGGAGUGACGGAGAGGCGUUGCGUCUCACCGUGCCACCUGCAGGAGGGAGCGACGCUGCGCUGCCUGCAUUGCGAGCUGCUCUACUGUGCCGCUUCUCGCUGCCAAGCUCUGGAGCGGCACUCCCCAGCCCCCUCUCCGGCAAACAUCCCAGUCGUAAUCACCAAAUACUCUGCUUUCCAAAUGAUUUUGGAGUUUUAACAGUCGGUAGCAAUUAUUAUUAAAUACUUAAGUAAUGAGUAUUCCUAUGCUAGUCAUAAUAGUAAUGAUUACAUUAUGCCAGUAAUACAUAGUUGUUGUUGUUUCAGUAACAAUGAUGGACAUUGCUACUUGCGGCAGUACAGAAGUGGACAAAUUGACUGGACAUUG